UAGAAUGAACUGUGAAAGCCCUGUGUGGAGGAGGGACUGAUGGGAUCAGACACUAUAAAAGACUGGAGUAAAUCUCCACAUGAAGCACAGACUGACCCACAUCCAGCUCAGAGGACUACAGCUGCUCCGUCUGCUGUGACAUCAGAUCAUCUGCCAGCAAUAAAAAUGAAAUAAACAACGAAAUACAAUGACACAGAAAAAGGUUGCACCGACAGUCCAAACUGUUGAAGGAAACAUGCCUCCAAGCUAUGAAGAGGCAAAUGCAGGAUGUCCUGGUUACUACUAUGGUGAAGGAUGUUUUUCCUGGGAUGACAUGUAUAUUAGACGUGUUUUUAUACGAAAGGUUUAUUCAAUUCUGAUGCUGCAGCUCUUUUCAACAGUAGCAGUUAUUGCCCUCUUCACAUUCUGUGCUCCAAUGAGGAUAUACAUUCAGACUCAUCCUGUGUUAUACUCCAUGUCCAAUCUUCUGUUUCUUGUCACAUAUAUCUCAUUGGCUUGCUGCGGUGAUUUGAGGAGGCAGUUUCCAUGGAAUCUUAUUCUGCUUACAAUCUUUACUCUGAGCAUGGCUUGCAUGUUGGGUUUCAUCUCUAGUUUCUACAACACCAAGUCUGUAGUGCUGUGCAUUGGCAUCACUGCCAUAGUGUGUCUGUGUGUCACCAUCUUCAGCUUUCAGAGCAAGAUUGACAUCACCUCUUUUCAAGGUCUUCUCUUCAUUCUGUGUAUGGUCAUGUUUUUCUGUGCUAUUGUCAUGGGAUUUGUGGUUCCCUUUGGCUAUGUUCCCUGGUUGCAUGCGGUCUACGCCAGCAUAGGAGCUGUUGUCUUUACCAUGUUUCUCGCCUUUGAUACACAGCUGCUGAUCGGGAACAAGCAAUACGCAAUGAGUCCUGAAGAAUAUAUCUUUGCAACACUCAGUCUCUACCUGGAUAUUGUGUACUUGUUCACGUUCCUGCUGCAGUUGUUUGGUAAUGGUAGAGAAUGAGCAUGCUUGUGUUGUAAUAAUGUCUGUCACGUACAAUACUGAUAGCUAAUGUUUCAAACUGUUCUGCAACCUCAACAUUUUUAGAACAACAUGUGGCCUUUUAUUUACUGUUUAAAGAAAAUCAACUCUGUAGGACUGUUUUCUCAGGUUCUGAGAUAUGCACUUCAUGUGUUAUUCAAAGGUCAAAGUCGAAAACUUUUCACAUGACUAAAUCAUUGUGACUAUAUUUGGUUGCACCAAAACAUGUGCAAGGAUUGAUUUUAAAAUAAAAAUAAUAUUGAAAAUACAAAAUAAGAUCCAUCAAAUCUGGGCUCUUAUCAUGAACUAUUGGCUUAAAAGGAGCUACAAAAAUGAAGUAAGGUCUUUUUUGCUUAUGACAAAUUAUUUUAUUUAUAAUUAUAUGUCAAUAACAAUUUUCACUCGGCUGGCAGUUGAAAGUUCAUAAAGUUCAAAUGUGGAGUUUAUAUUAAGCUCUAUUAUUUUCAUACCAAUAAUCUAUUUAUUUUUUUAAUAUAAAUGUUAUGCAGUCAUUGAGUGUUAAAAUAACAGUAUUCUGAAACUGUGUUAUAUAAAUAUUUGAUUAUCACAAUUUGACAUUGUGAGAUCAUUCAUUUUGCAAUGCACUGUAGUAUUGUAACUUUCGCAUACAGGUUAUUUCAUCAUAUAUCAUCUGCUGCCGGUUCAAUGUACAGUUUCAACUUAAGCCUGUCCUCAUUAAGGGAUUCAUAUUUCUGUCUAUGAAAAAUAAAUGCACAGAAAUUAAUGAUAGACAGAUACUAAACUGUGUUUACAAAUUGAGGUGUGCAACACAU